AUGUCUGACAAACACCGGCAGCAACAGCUUUUCCAAGUUAUGAGGCAGAAGCAUUUAGGCUUAGGCACUGAAAAUACGACGACUGAUGAGUGGAUAACACAAGUACAUAAAGACACAUAUUAUAGUAUGGCCUCGCAUAGUGCCAUGUUAGAGUACCUGACGUUGUCGCAAGGUGACUCCAGCAAACGAAUCACAGAGCUGCGACUUCUGGAGAAGAUGUGCGACAAACCGCCAGCAAACAAGCGAAAGCUCCCGGAGCUCCCGUAG